UGGUUGAUGGCGAUUGAUUCAGCAUGUAUACUAUUUGCUGUGCUUUCACCUGAUGUUUCCAACACUUCUGACAUCAUGUGAAGGGAUCCAGAGAGGAUGAAGAGGAGGGGUGAAGAGUACUUAACAUAAAGAACCGUGAUGGAGUCUAUUCAGUCACCUGACAUCCCCAUGGACAGGUACUUCAACAGCUCCUGGAGACACCCGUAUGGCCAGGAGACUGUCCUGUCACCUUUCAACAGCUCCUUCCACCUCCAGCACCACAACAGCUUCCACAACACCCUACUAGGUGUCUCUCUGGGCUUCCUGUCGUUGCUUACCGUCGUCAUGAACAUCCUGGUACUCUACGCUGUGAAGAAGGAGCGGACCCUCCACACGGUGGGCAACCUCUACAUCGUCAGCCUCUCCGUGGCGGAUCUCAUCGUCGGGGCCACCGUCAUGCCCCUCAACCUGGUGUAUCUGCUGGAGGAUGAGUGGAGGCUGGGGAGGGUCGUCUGUCAGUUCUGGCUCAUUAUGGAUUAUGUAGCCAGCACAGCCUCCAUCUUUAGUCUGUUUAUACUAUGUCUGGAUCGGUAUCGGUCCGUUCACGAGCCUCUAAGGUACCUGAAGUACCGGACCAGAGGGAGAGCUAGCGUUAUGAUCUCAGGGGCCUGGCUAAUGUCCAUGACGUGGAUUAUUCCUAUUCUAGGGUGGAGGUCCUUCGUUCAGGUCGACCUCAAACCGGAGAUGGAGAAUAAGUGUGACACUGAUUUCCGGUUUGUUACUUGGUUUAAGGUUUUAACUUCAGUGUUUAACUUCUACCUUCCGUCUCUGUUGAUGCUGUGGUUCUACUCGCGCAUCUACGUGGCCGUGAGACAGAACUUCAGAGAGAGGGAGAGGAUUAUCAAUCCCACAGAUUCCGUGGUGGAAAACAGGAUCGGACACAUAGUCCAAACAGGAAAUAGCCACUGCGAGUCUAAGAAAGAAAGAAACUCAGACUUUGAUCAGUACACGUUAGACCAGCCGAACGACUCCACAGAUACAGUUGAAACCAACGCGCCCAGGGAACCCAAGUCUGAAAAAGACUCUCACUCCAGUCAUUCACUGCUCAGAAUGACAAAACGUCUGAGGACGACUGUAAAGGACAAAAGAAAGAGUGGAUCGGAGACCCCUUUGAACCUGUCCUCUUUACCUCUUGGCUUCACAAACUACGACGAAGACAACGUUCAGAAACUCUACGUAUCCGUGAACGACUGCAAGGUAGCCGUGCCGUCAAACUCUGUGGCUGGCGUCUGCGAGAUAACCCAGAUAUCUGAAAUGCAGAGAUACACCACCAUGUUCUACAACACCCAGUCUGUGAAUUUAUCCCCGUCACCAUGUCCCCAUAAUUCACCCCAGUCACCCCCGCCUCAGGAGGACUCGGAGCCUGACAAUGGUACGAACCCGGACGCUGCAGCCAACGCUGUGACCCUAAAGCAGACCUGGCAGAAGUUCUGUGCCCAGUCCAGGCAGCGUAUCCAGAGCCUACAGGUCCACAAGGAGCACAAAGCGGCCAAGCAGCUGGGCUGUAUUAUAGCUGGGUUCAUGAUGUGCUGGAUCCCAUACUUCAUAGUCUUUAUGGUCAUGGCUUUCUGCCAAACCUGUGUACAUCACAACCUACAUAUGUUCACGAUAUGGCUUGGGUAUAUUAACUCUACCUUGAACCCGUUCAUAUACCCCCUCUGCAAUGAGAAUUUCAAACGGGUGUUUAAAACUAUCCUACACAUUAAUUUGUGAUGAAAAGGUUCAUGAACAGUGCCUUGAGUGGCAUUUCAAUGUAUUACCUUGUGACGCUUUAAACUUGUAAUACAGUAUGUGUGCUUGAAUGUUUUGAGUGACCUCAAUUUGGUACCUUACAUUUGUAUAAUUUUGAAAAAUAUAAUGCUUAUUUAUUGUCCGCCUAAAUAUUUUGUGUUUAUUAUUUAUUAUCAGACCCAGACCAUAACGCCAUCGUUCCUACUCUGUGGAAAGACAGAAAGCCGCUCUGCCUUUAUUCAUUAUUUACUCAAAUAACUCUGCAGAAGGAGAAUAACUCUGCUGAAGGAGAAUAACUCUGCAGAAGGAGAAUAACUCUGCAGAAGGAGAAUAACUCUGCUGAAGGAGAAUAACUCUGCUGAAGGAGAAUAACUCUGCUGAAGGAGAAUAACUCUGCUGAAGGAGAAUAACUCUGCUGAAGGAGAAUAACUGCAGAAUAACUCUGCUGAAGGAGAAUAACUCUGCUGAAGGAGAAUAACUCUGCUGAAGGAGAAUAACUCUGCUGUAGGAGAAUAAAUGCAGAAUAACUCUGCUGAAGGAGAAUAACUGCAGAAUAACUCUGCUGAAGGAGAAUAACUCUGCUGAAGGAGAAUAACUGCAGAAUAACUCUGCUGAAGGAGAAUAACUCUGCUGAAGGAGAAUAACUCUGCUGGAGGAGAAUAACUGCAGAAUAACUCUGCUGGAGGAGAAUAACUGCUGAAGGAGAAUAACUGCAGAAUAACUGCAGAAUAACUGUGCUGAAGGAGAAUAACUGAAGAAUAACUCUGCUGGAGGAGAAUAACUGCAGAAUAACUCUGCUGUAGGAGAAUAACUCUGCUGAAGGAGAAUAACUCUGCUGAAGGAGAAUAACUGCAGAAUAACUGCAGAAUAACUGUGCUGAAGGAGAAUAACUGAAGAAUAACUCUGCUGGAGGAGAAUAACUGCAGAAUAACUCUGCUGUAGGAGAAUAACUCUGCUGAAGGAGAAUAACUGCAGAAUAACUCUGCUGAAGGAGAAUAACUCUGCUGAAGGAGAAUAACUCU